AUGGCAAUUCAUGGAGCAACACAUAGAACACAAACCUCAUCAACAACACCUUCAUCAUUUUCCAAAACAUACCAACUAAAACAACCUCAAGAAAAACUCUACACCGAUUUCAAAAUUUACUGGCCCUUCAGCAUUCCUUUAACCUCAGAAUCCGCAGCAAUUCGCAUCAUUCGAAACUUAGAAAAUCUUGGACUUUACUACACACUUUUCGUAUGGAUCAUACUCUUCAUAAUCCUCAUUCCUCAUCAUAAAACAUCAUUGAUUUUGUUGGUUAUAAUGACCUAUGUGAUAACCAUUUAUCAUUUACUACUAAGAGCAUGUCCCAACAAUAUCGUGUUUCAUAGAAGAAUCGAUAAAAGGUUUGUGUUUGGUUUGCUAGUGUUUGCGACAGUGGUGCUACUCAUUUUGACCGAUGCAGGGAUUCGUCUUGCGGUUACUUUAGCUUGCGCUGUGCCUUUGGUUUUAGUGCAUGCUGUUUUAUGGGUUAGUCACUAUGUUUUUGAGGUUGUUGAUGAUGAUGCUUGUUGUUGUAACAAAGAAUUGGAUUCACUAGUUGGUCAUAGUGAGUUUGAAGGUGAUGGCUUAGAGAAUGUUUGA